CAUCAACCCGGGCGGCUCAACUCCGUCAUACAUACAUACAUACAGAUCUGAUCGCAGAUCAUCCGUCUUAAAAAACCGUUUUUUAAUAUUCGAACAAUAUUUCAGCCUUCUAGUAAUUUAUUUCAUAUUUACUUUCUUCACUUUUUCACUUUCGAUUCGGGUUGUGCAAGAUGGGCGAACAUGUGCAGGAGCGGGGCAUCCGCAUCGCUAUCGAUCGCGGCGGCACCUUCACGGAUUGCGUGGGCAACCCGGGCACCGGCCGCAUGGAAGACGACGUGAUCAUCAAGCUGCUGUCUGAAGAUCCGUCCAACUACGACGAUGCGCCGCUCGAGGGCAUCAGACGGCUGAUGUCCCGGUUCCUGGGGAAGGAGAUCCCGCGCGGGGAGGCGCUCGAUACGUCUAAGAUCGAGUCGAUUCGCAUGGGCACCACGGUGGCGACGAAUGCGCUGCUUGAAAGAAAGGGGGAGAAGAUCGCGAUGGUGGUUACGAAGGGGUUUAAGGACUGCUUGAGUAUUGGGAAUCAGUCCCGGCCGAAGAUCUUCGAUCUGGCGAUUCGGAAACCGGAUGUUCUUUAUGAGAGGGUGGUUGAGGUUGAAGAGAGAGUUACGCUGGAGGAUUAUGCUGAGGAUCCGACGAGGACUGUUACUAAAGUCGCGGCUAAGGGAGACCAGAAUGGUGAUGCGGACCAUGACUUAGUAAAAGGUCUUUCUGGGGAAGCAGUCCGCAUCUUGCAGCGGCCGGAAGAAGAGACGAUUCGGAAACAGUUGCAGGGAGUGCGUGAUUCGGGUAUUCAGAGUAUAGCAGUAUGCUUGAUGCACGGCUACACGUUUCCCGACCAUGAAGCCUUGGUUGGGCGGAUAGCGCGAGAAAUUGGAUUUAAGCACGUCUCGUUGAGUCAUGAGCUUAUGCCCAUGAUCAAACUGAUCCCAAGAGCUACUUCGGCAUGUGCAGAUGCAUAUCUCACGCCCGCGAUCAAAAAGUACAUUGCAGGAUUCCAAAAGGGAUUUGAAGGAGGCUUGGGAACAGAAAGUGUGAAGCAUGAAAGAGGUGCGAAGGGAGCAAGAUGCGAAUUCAUGCAAAGUGACGGAGGUCUAGUUGACGUGGAUAAGUUCUCAGGUCUGAAAGCUAUUCUCUCAGGUCCAGCUGGAGGUGUGGUGGGAUAUGCUCUCACGUCCUAUGAUCCCGAGACGAAAACUCCCGUCAUCGGAUUCGACAUGGGUGGAACUUCCACUGACGUCUCAAGAUACGGAUCUGGAAGAUAUGAACAUGUGUUCGAGACCACCACCGCUGGAGUCACGGUGCAGAGUCCACAGCUCGACAUCAACACUGUUGCAGCCGGUGGUGGCUCACGGCUCUUCUUCCGCAACGGACUCUUCGUAGUCGGCCCAGAAUCAGCAGGAGCACAUCCAGGACCAGGCUGCUACCGUAAAGGCGGACCCGCCACCGUCACAGACGCAAACCUCUUCCUAGGGCGUCUCCUACCAGAUUUCUUCCCCAAGAUCUUCGGGAAGAACGAAGACGAAGGUCUCGACGUGGCAGCCAGCGAAAAGCUGCUCCAAGAACUCGCCUCGCAGAUCAACAAAGAAGAAGGAAAAAACAUGAGUGCGGACGAGGUUGCUUACGGGUUCCUGACGGUAGCGAACGAGACGAUGACAAGACCCAUCCGGUCGCUCACCGAAGCGAAGGGCCACGAUACGUCGAAGCACCGCUUGGCGACGUUCGGGGGCGCAGGUGGACAGCACGCUGUGGCUAUUGCGGAGAGUCUGGGGAUACGACAGAUUUUAGUGCACCGCUAUUCGUCCGUGCUCUCUGCAUACGGCAUGGCACUAGCGGACGUCGUGGACGAGCGUCAAGAACCCGAUUCUAAAGUGUGGGCUGACGAGGGCGAGGCGAAGGAAUCGUUGAAAGGGAAGAUUGAGGAGUUGAAGCAGAAGUCACGAGAGGCGUUGAAGGAACAGGGUUUUGACGAUGGCUCGAUUGUUUAUGAGGAGUAUCUCAAUAUGCGAUAUCGCGGAACGGAAUCCGCGCUUAUGGUGGUCAAGCCCGAAAAGGAAGAUGUGGAAAAGGAGUAUGACGGCGAUGAAUGGGCUUUUGGAAAAGCGUUCGUCAAGCAACAUCAGCAAGAAUUCGGGUUUACACUACCGGACCGGGACAUUAUUGUGGACGAUGUCAGGGUUCGUGGAAUUGGCAAGAGUUUCGAAGGGUUGGGCAAGACUGUUGACCAACAAUUAAAAGAGCUCGAGCCAAAAGAUGUGGAGUCCGGAAAGACAGAGUAUGGUCGGUUGAAAGUCUACUUUGAAGGCGGACGACAAGAUACGCCCAUCUACAAGAUUGAAGAUCUUGCUGUUGGUGAUAGAAUUAAGGGGCCUGCAAUUCUUGCAGACGGAACACAAACUAUUGUGGUUACACCCGGGGCUACAGCUCUGAUCAUUGAUACACAUGUUGUCAUCAAUAUCGGAGAGAAGGAACUCAAUGAUGCUUCAAAGCAUGAUACCUCCGGAGAUGUUGACCCGAUCAUGCUCAGCAUCUUCGCUCACCGGUUUAUGGCAAUAGCAGAGCAAAUGGGUAGAGCUCUUCAAAAGACGUCUGUCAGCACAAACGUAAAGGAACGACUCGAUUACUCAUGUGCGCUCUUCGACUCAACUGGCGGUCUAGUGGCAAAUGCUCCUCAUCUCCCGGUCCACCUAGGAUCAAUGUCAACUUGUGUAAAGCGACAAGCGGAGAUAUGGCGUGGAAAGCUAGUUAAAGGAGACGUGAUUGUGUCAAAUCACCCAGAAUACGGCGGAACUCAUCUUCCGGAUAUCACAGUCAUCACACCAGCAUUCAACGAAGCAGGAGACAAGAUUCUCUUCUACGUAGCCUCAAGAGCUCAUCAUGCUGAUAUUGGCGGUAUAUUACCUGGCAGCAUGCCACCUCAUUCCCGAGAACUGUAUCAAGAAGGAGCAGCAAUCAAAUCGGAGAAGUUAGUUAGCGCAGGACGAUUCAACGAGGAAAGAAUCACCGAACUCCUUCUCACAGAACCUGCAAAAUACCAAGGUUGCAGCGGGACCAGAUGUCUCGCAGACAACAUCUCCGAUCUAAAAGCCCAGAUCUCGAGUAACAUGAAAGGAAUCAACCUGAUCUCAACACUUAUCGAAGAAUACGGAGAAGAGGUAGUAAACUUCUACAUGGUCAACAUCCAAAACAACGCCGAGCUCAGCGUCCGAAACCUCCUAAAAGACGUCAGCAAGCGCUUCGAAGGCCAAGACCUCUCCGCCGUCGACUACAUGGACGACGGGAGCCCCAUCAAGCUAAAAAUCACCAUCGACGCCUCAAAAGGCGAAGCCAUCUUCGACUUCGCCGGCACUGGCCCCGAAGUCUACGGAAACACAAACGCCCCCCAAGCCGUAACCUACUCCGCAAUAAUCUACUGUCUCCGCUCCCUAAUCUCCCAAGACAUCCCCCUAAACCAAGGCUGCCUAGCCCCCAUCACGGUCCUCAUCCCGCCGAAAUCCUUCCUCUCCCCCUCCGACAAGGCCGCCGUGGUAGGAGGCAACGUGCUCACCUCCCAGCGCGUCACAGACGUCAUCCUACUUGCCUUCCGCGCCUGCGCCGCCUCCCAGGGCGACUGCAACAACCUAACCUUCGGCUUCGGCGGCAACGCGUCCGGCGCGGCCGAGGUGAAGGGCUUCGGGUACUACGAGACGAUUGCCGGCGGAUCGGGGGCGGGCGCCAGCUGGGACGGGACGAGUGGGGUGCAUACGCAUAUGACGAACACGCGGAUCACGGACGCGGAAGUGUUCGAGCGUCGGUAUCCCGUUCUCUUGCGCGAAUUCUCGCUGCGUCCUGGGUCUGGCGGGAAGGGUAAGCAUCGAGGAGGCGAUGGCGUGGUGCGCGAUAUCGAGUUUCGCAUCCCGGUGCAAGUCUCGAUCCUCUCGGAGCGGCGCGUCUACCACCCGUACGGGCUCGCGGGCGGCGAGGACGGGGCGUGCGGGCUUAAUAUCUGGGUCCGGAAGGUCGAGACGUCGAAUCCGGAACGGUCUGAUCGGUUGUUUAAUGGCGAUAGCCAGAACAGCGUGAACGAGAACGGGAAGAGGGAUAUGGUUGAUGAACCAGUCUACGAAGAACGCCGCAUCAACCUCGGCGGCAAGAACACGGCUGCGAUGCAAAAGGGCGAGCGGAUCAUCAUCUGUACGCCGGGCGGCGGCGGGUGGGGACGUGUGGGGGAGGAGAGGAAUGUUAGGGAGGCGGAGGAUCCGAGGCGGGGGUGGAGGGGCGGGAGUUUUGCUAGUAGGGAGGAGAUGGCUUUGCAGGCUUGA